GCUGGGUAAAAGUUGGAAUUCUUUAGGGGAUUGUUGGAGGAACGGGCGGGGAAAAGAGGCCGCCGCACGCGGCCCCGCAGGUGUGAAGAAGUGUGAAUAAUGGAUGAUGAUUUCAGCUCUCCCUUGGUGCCUUCAUUAGUUACAGACAGCAUAGAGAUGGCUAUGGAAGUAGAAAUGGAGUGCCCCAGAUUUUGUGGCUUCUCCUGUGCAUCUGGCAUUAGAACUGGAAAGAGAAGUUUUUCGACUGAUUCCUAUUUAGCAAGUGGGUCUCUUAAGAGGAUUUUGCUGGGGCUGGAUCCUUUCCCAACUGACUAUGAAGAAGAUACCAUGGAAUUAUUUGGCUUUCAGUGGGUUACUGAAAUUGCUUUAGUUGAGUCUUGUACUCUUCUGUUCGGAUUAUUUAGGCAACAAAUACAUCAAUUGGAAAACCUUGUUCAGCCAAAUUCAGCUGAUUUUGGUCAGGCCGCAAACCUUCACAGGCAGGCCCAUAAUAUCAGACAGCAGUGUAUUGAAUUCCUGCAGUAUGUGAAAGUUUUCAUCUUCAGGUAUCUGGAACCGCUCAAGACAGAAGAUGAUGAGUUGUUGCAUCCUUAUGACAGACAAGAGUCUCAGCUCCCUUCUUUGCUUGUUGAGGAGCUCCAUUCUUUGACUCUGCAUGUUGGACACCUACGUGAACUCCCUAGUUAUAUCCUGGGAGGAUUUUCCAUUCAGUCUCAAGCAAAGCUGUUUCCCCCAUCAUGGCAUUUACUGCAUCUCCACCUAGACAUCCAUUGGUCGGUGUUGGAAAUUCUUCAUAUUCUGGGUGAAAAACUGCCAAGGCAAACUAUAUAUGCUCACAAGUUUAUGAAUUUAACUGGUGAAAAUUUAACCAACGUCAGUUUGUUUGAACAACACUGUGGUAACCUCUUACGUGAUCUAAUAAGUUUGUCACUUAAUAUGUAUACAAAGGUGAGGCUCUCUGAAGCUCUAAGUACUCACCCCUAUCCCUGUAGCUGCAUAAAAGAGCUGUGGGUUCUGCUUACUCAGUUGCUAGACCACAGAAGUAAAAGAUCACUUACAGAGUCUUUCUGGAGCUGGAUGAAUAAAAUUCUAAAGAAUGUUUUUGAAAAGAGCAGCCAUGUGGAAGUAAUAUGUGCCUUUGAGUCAGUUCUGUGUAAGGAUCCAUUGAGUUUUAGUUGGUGGAUUAUAACUCAUCUCUCAUCACUUUACCACUUCGAUCACAAUGGAAAUGUGAAAGAAAAGAAACCAGUAGAAUCCAAUUGGCCUUUUGCAGAAGAUCUACUGAAACGGUCCAUCAGUGGUCAAACGGGAAUAUUAGAAGAACAGUUACGAAUGCAUCUUCAGUGCUGUUUGACUUUAAGCCAUAUUUGGGAUGCAAACCUUCCUACUGUCACCAUACUCUGGGAAUAUUACAGCAAGAAUCUGAAUAGUCCUUUUACUAUUCCUUGGUUUGGUCUCAAAGGUCUUGCAAAUAUUAGUAAAACACCCAUGGCUAUGUAUGAGUUGGUAAAGAGUUGCUGCCGUGACAUGCAUGCUCAUGACGCUUAUGUAUCUAGCAACAGUUACCAAAUUUUCCUUUGCAUUUUGGCACAAAUAAUGAAGAAGGCAGUAAAGACCAAUGGUGUUCAUCCUUGGAAGCAAAUCAAAGGAAGAAUUUAUUCCAAAUUUCACCAGAAAAGAAUGCGAGAGUUGACAGAGGUGGGGCUGCAAAAUUUUUUCUAUCUUUUCAUUGUGCUGGCAAUCAUGGCAGAGACAGAGGAUGUUGCCAGCCGGAUGAUGGAACUUCUGCAUUUUCUUAGUCCGGUUUCCACAAGCACUUCUCAGAGAGCUCUGAUCUGGAAAGGGUCCUUCGCCUUCAUCUUAACAUACGUUGAGAAGAGCAUGGACAUCACUGUGCUGGCUGAGCAUCUCUCAAGUGCGUUCCGUGAAAAAGCAAAGGAGUUCUUGGUAGCAAAAAAUGACUAUGAGCAGAAACAAAACCUCUGGAUGUUGCUUUCUAUUUACAUUGAUGGUGUCCAAGAAGUAUUUGAGACUAGCCGCCUCUUGCACCUUUCUGAGGAAAAGCUGCUGAAUGAUGGCUUCAGUAUGUUGCUGCCAGGUUGCCGAGGAGCCGAACUCGCAACAGUCUUAAAUUUCUUGCAAGAUAUUCUAUCUCGGUUGAGAAAUGUGUGCAAACACUUAGAACGAGGUAUGUCGUUAGGGAACAAGGACCCAGCUAUGCAGCUGUCUUCAGUGGCGAAAGAGCACCACCUUGCUGUUGCCAGAGCUCUCUGGAGAAAUUUCUUUCCUUACUUGAAGAGCCAGAGAAUGUUGCAGGCUGCUCCUCCUCAGCUUGCAGAUGCUGCUGCAGGUUUUACUUUGUUGGCUUUGGAUUUGCCAAGCACAUGUACAACAGAUCUACAGCCCCAGCCAGUUUUAUCAAUGAUGCAGUUGUUUGGAUGGGAUGAUAUGGUUUGCCCAGAUCUGGUAUCAAGAUACUUAAGCCAUCUAAUACAAAACAGUGCAUUGUCUGAAGUGCUUACUAGUAUGGGCCAUAUGUCCUACGAGACGUGGUUGGUACGGUCAUGGUUUCGGUGCACUUUGCAAAUGUUUAUCAGUCAGCCAUCUGAUUCUUUCGCCAGGGCAAAUAUUGACCAAACAGCUCAUAAAAUAUAUAUGGAGCAACUGACUGAACUCACAAGAUUGAUACUUAAGCUCCCAGAAGUUGGAGCUAUCUUCUCUAAGGCUUAUGUUGAUGAGUCAGUCUACAAACAAGAUCCAAAGAAUGCUAUAUUUCAGUUUAUUAAGGCUGUUGGUAAAAAUUAUGGUGAUCUUAAAACGCUAGAUGAAAAAUCUUCUAUGGUAAUGAAGGCCCUAGAAUAUCUUGGUGAUGUAUUAAAAUAUAUAAAACCCUACUUGAUGAAGAAAGGGCCUGCUGAAGGACUUCAUCUCACCUACUGGAUCAUGGGAUGUCUUGUGAAGUCUUGGGCACCCAUACUGGCUACUUCCAAAGCACAACCGCUCUUGUUCCGCAUAAUAGAUUGCUUGCUUUUGCCACAUGCUGUGUUACAGCAAGACAAAGGACUCCCUGCAGCAAUGUUGGCUGCCAUUCGGGAGAAUCUUCCUCGUUUUCUUCAGGGACUGUCCUUCAUAUGUUGCCAGUCCCAGACCCAAGGAGCCUAUUUGAACCAAUUGCUAAGGAACAUUAUUCAGCAAUAUUUUAAGCGAUUUCUUCCUCCCUCACCUUCUGCUUCUCAAGCUUGGCAACACCCUAUUUUACUGGCAAUAUCUGGUUUUGGCAGCAUCCCAGCAGUCUUGCAUCUGUACAAAACUACUCUGCAGCUCAUCAGUGAAAAUUACCUCCAGUUCAAAGGUCAUGCUCCUCCUUCUCAGCUGGCAUCAGUUCUCACUUUUAUUCUUGAAGCACUUCAGAGGACCAAGAGCACUGAAAUGUGCAACGUUAAGCUUCUACUCCCUUUGGUGUUGAAAUGCCUGGUGUUGGUUAAUGAACCACAAGUUAAAAAACUGUCUACAGAGAUUCUGCAGUGUGUCAUAGAAAGCUGCCAAGCAAGGUCAGGAGAAGAGUUUGCCACCCAGCUGACUUCCAUGUUUAGGCAAUUUAUCCAAGAUUACACUACUGUAUAUGAUAAUCAAGUUUACAGCAUUUUGGAAGCAGUGGCAGUCUUGGACCAGUCUCUAGUUAUCAGCCUGAUUCCUGGUAUGACAGAAGCCCUGAGGAAUUCUGAGUACAAACAAGGUCUUGGCAGAAACACCAUGCAAAGAGAAGCCUAUAAAAGACUCUUAUCUCAGCUUGCAGAGGCUGGACAAGCUGAGAUACUGAAACUGGAAAAUGAGAGCCAUUAGCCUGUGUUGAUUGGUACCUCGUGCACUAUCAUCGCAUGGGAUGCCAAUCUUAUGCAAAGUUUGGUUUCCCUGCCUCCCAGUGGACUCUUUGUUUCUGCCUAGGAAGCUGCCUCUCUCAGUAGCUUUUUUGCUGUUUUUUAAUACUCCAAGCAAGAUGAAUAAAGGAACACGGAUCUCCAUGAUUUUAAAUGACAACUGAGAGCCACUGAAUCUUAGUAGGGACUGUUGAAAGAAAAUGCCAGCAAAUAUGGGAGCUCAGAGAUUUAAGAUAUUUUUGAAGAAUUGUGGGUUUUUUAUUCUUAGAAAGAAAGGUAAAGGGCAGCAGCAAAGGUAAUCUCUAACAGUAAAGUUUUUCUGCUCUAAUGAAUCAAUACACUUUGGCUGUCAGGCCUUUCAUUCUGACAUCCUGAGUGAUGUUUUGCACACAGACACUUCAUAUGAGCUUGGCAACGGUAAGGAGUUCACUCUAAGCAAGGCCAGGGUUAGGUCAGGAUGCUUGAGCCACCAUAUGUUAACAGAAGAGCUUGUGCACGCAUUGCGCGGAAUGGUGACAGCUGUCCUACCAUUGUUCCUGUAUUAAAAAUGUGUUGAUGUGUACUACAGAAUUCAACCUAUAACCUCUUCUCUGUUGUCCUUGUACAGUUUUGCUGGUGGGGCAAGCAGUGCUCUGGUUCUUGAAUAACAAGGAUGGUCUCAGUUAUAAGAACUGCUGCCAUGGUCACUGUAUAUCAUCUAUUCCUUCUCAAGCCAAAAAUAUAUGUAUAUAUCAAUUUAUUUUAUCUUGGUAAGGAUCUCUGGCUAGAUGAAUGCCUAACCAAAUUCUAAAACAGGAGGAAAGGAAUGCAGGUGCAAACAUCUUAAUUCAAAUUUCUGCUUAUUUUUUUUUAAGAUCACAUAUGAUUAAAUGCUGUAUGUAGUAAAUUAGAUUUGUCAGAUAUUUCAGGGUGUUUAUGAUGUUUUAUUCCUCAAGUUCUGAGUCCCAUCAUAAUUCUCCCUGUAAUUUCCAAAUUUAUUUGAUGUAUAGAAUUCACACUUCUGCUGAAUUAUACAAUCUUAGCAAUUUACAAGUAAUUUGAAUUGCAAUAGUGUUAUAUGGGCUUGGUGGCAAAAGCAGUGAAACAAACUAUAACUUUGUAGAGUUAAUGAU